GAGACACCGGAGAGAGGCUGGAUUUAAAACCCGCCCUCCGGAGGGAUCCCCCCCUCCACCCACCCCCCCAAAAAACCUCCCAUUUUCUCUCUUUCUCUCACUCACUCACUCUUCUGUCUCUCUCUCUUGCCCUCUCUGUCCCUCUCUCUUCCUUUACCUUUAUCCCUCGUCUUUCGCCGUUUUCCCCUCACCACAAUAAUGGAUCUCACGGCGAGAUGUCUGUGUCUCCUCUCCUGUCUCGGCGUGAUCCAGGCGAUCGAUUUGGAAGCGAUCGAUCCGGGCUACUAUGUGGAGCCCACUGCCACAUCAGAGCCGAUCGACUAUAAGGAUCCUUGCAAAGCUGUGGCCUUUCUGGGAGACAUUGCUCUGGAUGAGGAGGACAUGCGAUCGUUCAAAGUGGACAGAAUCAUAGAUUUGGCUCAGAGAACCGUCCAGAUCAUUAAUCACACUGACACAGGAUCAACCAACCAGAGUAGCCAAAACAGGCAAGGGUCACGCCGCAGGAAACGGGCGGCCACCUCCAGACCCGAGCGCGUUUGGCCUGAAGGGGUUAUUCCUUACGUCAUCAGUGGAAACUUUAGUGGCAGCCAGCGGGCGAUAUUCCGCCAAGCCAUGCGCCACUGGGAGAAGCACACCUGCGUGACUUUUAUUGAGAGGACGCAGGAGGAGAGCUAUAUUGUCUUCACCUACCGACCAUGUGGGUGCUGCUCCUAUGUGGGUCGUCGUGGAGGGGGCCCUCAGGCCAUAUCCAUCGGGAAAAACUGCGACAAGUUUGGCAUUGUGGUGCACGAGUUGGGUCACGUGAUUGGAUUUUGGCACGAACACACGCGGCCCGACCGAGACGAACACGUCAGCAUUAUUAGGGACAACAUUCAACCAGGACAAGAGUAUAACUUCUUGAAGAUGGAGCCGGGGGAGGUGGACUCUUUGGGAGAAGUCUAUGACUUUGACAGUAUCAUGCACUAUGCCAGGAAUACAUUCUCCAGAGGCAUCUUCCUGGACACCAUCCUGCCACGCUACGAUGUGAACGGAGUGCGACCACCCAUUGGCCAGAGAACCAGACUGAGCAAAGGGGAUAUCGCACAGGCACGCAAACUCUACAAAUGCUCCAGAUGUGGGGACAGUCUGCAGGACAGCAGCGGGAACUUCUCCUCCCCUGGCUUCCCCAAUGGAUACUCAGCCUACAUGCACUGCAUCUGGAGAAUAUCAGUCACACCAGGGGAAAAGAUCAUUCUGAACUUCACCUCCAUGGAUCUGUACAGGAGCCACUUGUGUUGGUACGACCAUGUGGAAAUCCGAGAUGGAUACUGGAGGAAGGCGCCUCUCAAAGGUCGUUUCUGUGGCGAUAAGCUGCCUGAGUCAAUCAUCUCCACCGACAGCCGACUGUGGAUUGAGUUCCGGAGCAGCAGUAACUGGGUGGGAAAAGGUUUCUCCGCCGUUUAUGAGGCCAUCUGUGGUGGGGAGGUGAAGAAAGACAACGGCCAGAUCCAGUCCCCCAACUACCCCGAUGACUACAGGCCCAACAAAGUGUGCGUGUGGAAGGUUACUGUAGCCCAGGGCUACCACGUUGGCCUUACCUUCCAGUCUUUUGAGAUUGAGAGACAUGACAGCUGUGCCUAUGACUACCUGGAGGUGCGCGAUGGAAACUCUGAAACCAGUCCCCUGCUGGGACGCUUCUGUGGAUACGACAAACCAGACGACAUCAAAACCAGCUCCAACCAGCUGUGGAUGAAAUUUGUUUCAGAUGGCUCGGUCAACAAGGCCGGCUUUGCCGCCAACUUCUUCAAAGAGAUGGAUGAGUGCUCCAAGCCGGACAACGGUCGCUGUGAGCAACGCUGUGUCAACACCCUAGGCAGCUACAAGUGUGCCUGUGACCCGGGCUAUGAGCUGGCUGCAGACAAGCGCAGCUGUGAGGCCGCCUGCGGGGGCUUCAUCACCAAGCUGAACGGGUCCAUCACCAGCCCGGGUUGGCCCAGAGAGUACCCCCCAAACAAGAACUGCAUCUGGCAGCUGGUUGCCCCCACGCAGUACCGCAUCACUCUGCUCUUUGACGUCUUCGAGACUGAGGGCAAUGAUGUUUGUAAGUACGACUACGUGGAGGUGCGGAGCGGGCUGUCAGCAGACUCAAGGCUACAUGGGAAGUUCUGUGGGGCAGAGAAACCAGAAGCGAUCACCUCCCAGUACAACAACAUGCGCAUUGAGUUCAAAUCUGACAACACCGUGUCCAAAAAGGGCUUUAAAGCGCAAUUCUUCUCAGACAAAGAUGAGUGCUCUAAGGAGAACGGUGGCUGUCAACAUGAGUGCGUCAACACGUUCGGGAGCUACAGCUGUCAGUGCAGGAGUGGCUUUGUGCUGCAUGAGAACAAACAUGACUGCAAAGAAGCUGGCUGUGAUCACACUGUGAACAGUGUGAGCGGUGUCAUCACCAGCCCCAACUGGCCGGACAAAUACCCCAGCAAGAAGGCAUGCACCUGGGCACUCACCACCACUCCGGGCCACCGCAUCAAAAUCGCCUUCAACGAGCUGGACAUGGAGGCCCAUCUGGAGUGUGCCUAUGACCACAUUGAGAUUUACGACGGGCGAGAUGGGAAAGCGCCGAGUCUGGGUCGCUUCUGUGGCACCAAGAAGCCCCCGCCCAUCAUGUCUAGUGCCAACAAGCUGUUCGUUCGCUUCUUCUCUGAUAACUCUGUGCAGAAGAAAGGCUUCGAGGCUUCCCAUACGGCAGAGUGUGGAGGUCGCCUAAAGGCUGAGGUAAAGACCAAGGACCUCUUCUCACAUGCCCAGUUCGGAGACAACAACUACCCCGGAGCCUCGGACUGCCAGUGGGUGAUUUCGGCGGAGAAAGGCUACGGCGUGGAGCUCAUCUUCCAGACCUUUGAGAUCGAAGAGGAGGCAGACUGCGGCUAUGACUACAUGGAGCUCUUCGAUGGAGCCAACACCAAGUCUCCACGGCUGGGACGUUACUGUGGCUCAGGGCCUCCGGAGGAGAUCUACUCGGCCGGUGACUCCAUUGUGAUCAAGUUCCGCUCCGACGACACAAUCAACAAGAAAGGAUUUCACGUCCGCUACACCAGCACCAAGUUCCAGGACACACUGCACUCACGCAAGUGACCAGCGGGGGCCGGAAGGGGCCGUGCGGGGCAGAGGGGCAAACGCAGGGGCCCCCAGGGGAGGCGCCAGCCUGACGCUCGGAAACCUUCGGCCACCAAGAUGAAUCAAACACGACCGAACAGCCGCAAGAACGCCAACCGCACCUCAGCUCCCAGGGGCUCUCGCUCCCCCCACAGACUGUGAGGAGUAAAGCCAUUCUGCAGUACACCUUGUUUUUACCUUUUUAUGGUUAGGAUUGGGGUGGGAGGAUGAAAACGUCCGCCUUAGGUGGACAGUAGGGGAAAAUUUAUUGACCCAGAUCUCUCCAGAUAUUUUUUUUGUUUCCUCUAUUUUUAUUUUUUUUUAAAUGUGCCUCCUUAAAGAGUGGCACAAAGGAAAACAGUGGAUUCUCAGGACCUGUAGGAAGACAGGCAUCAGCUGGACAGAUCCCUGCUGUUGUCCGGCCAGCCCUCCACAUCCAGGGGGGGUGAGGGGGGUGAGAAGGGGGGAACAGGAAGAUGGGAAUGCCUUCUGCACUCCUCAAUAAUUGCUCUCCUCUCCUCACACUCUCAUCCCUUUUGGUCCCGAUCUGUAAGAGGAUUAGAAGGACUUGACUUGAGAUUUUUUGACACUGUAUGUCAGUCAAUUGCAUGUAAUUACAAAAAGGAAAGAAGGAAAACUGUACAGGGACAACACCAGCAUUUGUAAUUGGCAUUGUCCUGGCAACCAGUGGCAAGAUUCUCGUUGUUACCAUUAACAAGGAAAUUAAGGAAGCAGUUAUCUUAUUAAAGGACUAAUAAAUGAGUUGUGGUCCAUGUCUUCUGGGUGGUAAUUGCUUGCCUGUUGACUGGCUGUUACUGUACCUCCAUGUAUAAAGUAAUGUGCAUGAUCUUUCAAAGGGAACAUGUGCUUUUCUCAGCUCGAACCAGUUAGCACUUUACAGUAAAUUGUUCCAAAAUCAUGAGCUUAUGACUUUUUUUGUGAAAUGCAAUGCCAGUUCACUUAUUUUUAAAUGCAUUUUAUCUCUCUUAUUCUUCAUUGUUGUUUUUUUCGUUGGUUUUUGCUCCAUUUAGUCCCUCAGGCAUACUUGAACAUUGUGUGUGCCCUGUAACAUGGGGUAAUAAAGACAUGACUUAUGUUUCAGUGUUGAUUUACAGUUCUGAUGUAAAAUAAUUUCUCUCCAGAGAAAACGCCUUUUCUUGGUACAAUGAAGUAUUUCUCUAGAACCAAAUGAGCCUGGGUAUUUAUUGUUCUAAUAACUACAUGUAAAGGUGGAACGGUACUGUUGAACUUAACCCUAUAAUUGCCUUCAAAUGUAUAGCCGUUGGUCGAAUAUGUUGAAUAUACCAUGUUGCUCACUCGUU